UCGCUUGAGUUUCCGCUCUUUGGAUCCGGUUUGAACGUUAGUGAUAAUUGAUAAGAGUGUGUGUUCGUAUCCAUUCAUAUCGUGAUUAAAUUACUGAAAGUAUUUUAAGUUUAUUAAUGUUAUUUAUAGCAAAAUAAUCGCGAGAGAUGUCACGUUUUAUCAGCGCUACGUGUUCUUAUGAUACGCGCACUACUACACGAUUUUUCACGACUGAACGCGGUUCAUUAUAGGUUAGAUUCGUUAUGUCUACCGUGUUUAUCUUUCGGCGGUUUCGUGGAUGUUUUCGAUUCUUUUCGUGCAAGUGCCAUUAGCAUUUUUGUCAAGUGAUUUGUGUCUUUUGCUUCCAAUCACGGGUCAUCGUGGUCAGCGGCGGAAAAUGACGGAAGAGAUGGAAAAUGUCAAUCAUGACUCCAGCGCGGAUGAAAAAUACAGGGUAUACGCGAGCGUAUCGUUCGCGGUGCUAUUACUGGGGGUCGGCGUACCCCUUUGGUGGCACACCACGGCGGUGCCCCGUGUCGCGCUUCCUUACACCGGGAUCAGCGAGUUAUCACAGCUAGACAUCAGGAUCAACACGAAGAUCAUGGUCGCGGCGCUCUCGCGCGAUCGCGCCGAGCUACUCGCGCGCGAGAUCAGGCGAGCGUUUGCGAAUGCUGAGAUAUACGAGUUGAAUGUGGAGUACCAGGUGAUCUCCAACAAUCUGCUCGCGUCCGCUUUCACAUAUCAUGAGCUGGAGAAGGUGGCCUCGAACUUCGAUCUGGACGUGGGCGAUCUGCUCUUACUGGAAGCAACAAAUCUGAAUGACGCUGUUCUGGUUGGCUCCAACAGAACGCUAUACUUCUCCACCGAGACAAGUGCUGCUAAAUUGAUACAAGUAUUGUCACAGUGGAUCCUGCACGACAAGUCAUUAGCUUUGACGAAGAAUGCACUUGCCGAGCCCACAGUGUAUAGUUUAGACGAGGAGAAUAGAAGACGAUUCCCAGCCAGUCCGGCAUAUGACGUUCUAAUCACCCUAGUUAACCCCGAUCCCGAGAAGCUAAAGGUCACAUGGAACCUAAAAAGGAUAGCUGAGUACAUGCAGCCGUUCCUAGACGAGUUGUCCAUUCUAAGUAACUUCUCCGUCAAAUCGCAGUGGCUGUACCUGUUACCGUUGGACGUUAAUCCCAGACGGGUGCCCGACAGCAGCCCGAGUCGUCGUCACUUCGCUCUACGUGAAAGCGUCCUGCCACAGCUGGUGACGCCGUUGGAGAAGAAACUAGCAUCGCAGGUUAGUCUCCAUCCGUGCAUCAACCUCGUCCUCUACACGGUGCCGUGCGACAGCGCGCCUCUGCACAUUUACACCCGCAGCGGACACCGAUCACGGACAGACAGCAAUGUGGAAGCCUUCCUGUCGCCGAGAUGGGGUGGUGUGGUGCUGCUUAAUCCACCGGCGCACAGCUGCGAGAACGUGGGCGAGGAAGGAAUUGCCACCAUCGUUCCUGAGGAAACUGCCGUGAUAGGCACGUUCCUGGCACAGCUCAGAUUGUUGCUGGGCAUCCCGGAAACGAAACCCAUCAGCGGAGUGACAGCGGUGCCGCUAGUGGGACUGAAGUCACGCGAUUGGGAGAUAGAUUCCUUGCUUAGAUUCCGCACCGUCGAGCAAUUGACCUCAGCCAAAUUGACUCUGCAAUCACUGGCGCAGCUGCUCAAGGAGAUCAGCAACAUCGUCAUCACGGACGUAGUCGGCAAUAGGAUCAAAACCGCGCUCGAGCUGGUGCACGAGUCCGCCGAGCGUUUGCGACACGGCGACCUCGAGCGCAGCUUCAACCUCAGCAAGGAGGCCUUCGUCACCGCCGAGGCGGCGUUUUCCGAUCCUACGCUGCUGGCGCUCCUUUACUUCCCCGAGGAUCAGAAGUACGCCGUGUACAUCCCCCUGUUCCUGCCGGCGAUGAUACCGGUGCUCUUAUCGCUGAAAAAUAUACGGAGGUACUACUUCCCCGAGAAGGGCAGCAGCGCAAAGAGGAAGAUGAGCCACGCAGAAAGCGAGAAUGACGAGGACAGUGAGCCGAAGAUCGGGUAGGCACUUAUUUCAUCGGCGAUGAGGGUGAUUACACGAGUGUGUUACGAUCGUGCGAUCGCUCGUUCGAGAUCAUUUUGAUGAAGGAUAGUAUACAGCAAUAAUAGGCGUGUAAUUUCAUACAUUCGUUACAUACCGUUUUUAUACAGACGAGAUUUCGUAGCAAUAUAUAUAUAUAUAUAUAUAUAUAUAUAGCAUCGACCGGUUUAUCGCAAAGCUCUUCGAGUUUUUUCAUUCACGCGUAAAACGUCAAAACCAUUAUCCGAUCGCUCAACACGACUGAUACGUAACACGCGAAUUUAGGCGUUAUUCAAGGCUGAUUCCGUUAGACGGGAUCGUCUUAACAAUCAUUAAGUACGAAGAUAAUUCUAAAAGUUUUCUCGCGAAAGUUUCGUCGCGACGAUCUCGCGCGAGGAGAAACUGCCGGGAGGAUACACGCGUGAGAAGCGCGACAAUAGCUCGAGGAGAGGAAAAUGUUCGAUGAGACGUGUAUGUAUGUGUCUGUGUGUAUGCGUGCAUAUAUGAAAACAUUCGCACAAUAAAGAAAAUGUAAUAAACGA